ACUGGGGCGCCUGCGCAGAGGAACACGAAGCCUUCGCUGUUGCGUCGUUCUGAGGCGGAAGGUUGUGGCCGAAUCUCCGAUUGCGAGUGGGACAAGAGGUUUGUGCCUCCAGAGUAUAAUGGCAAACCACCUCGUAAAACCUGAUUCUAGAAACUGCAAGAGGUCAAGAGAAUUGGAGCCUCAGGUGUCAGAUAGUUCACAGGUACCCUCGCUUGGAAAAUUGGAUUCUUCUUUCUCUGAAAGUUCUGGACUCCUUUAUAAAGAGGAAGCCCUGGAGAAGGAUUUGAGUGAUAUGAGCAAGGAAAUUAAUCUGAUGUUGUCUACAUAUGCAAAGAUUUUGAGUGAGAGAGCAGCCGUAGAUGCGUCUUACAUUGAUGAACUAGAGAGACUCUUCAGAGAAGCCAAUAUUAUUGAAAAUUUUCUGAUCCAAAAAAGAGAGUUCCUGAAGCAGAGGUUUGCAAUGAUUACCAACACACUGCAAAAGUAAAGUGCUUAUACUCACUGAAAGCUGGUCCCUAUUAUUGCUAUAUUCUACUUGUUAAAGAAAAUAUAUGAAGUAAACUGUAACUUUCUAAAUUUAAAAGGGGUUUUAAUAUGAACAGUAAUAUAAAGCUUGUAAUCUUUCUUUUGAGGGUUGAAUAUUUGGCACAUUAUAUAAAAAUGUAAAUUAAAAAUUAUGUGUUAUUUUUUCUCCUUUACUCCUAAAUUGCUUAACUCUUCUUAAAUUGUAAAAGAGGACUCUAAUUUGAUUAUGCCUAACAAUAUUUGUUUAACUAGCAGCUAAUUUUGGAGAUAGUUUUCUUGGUUAGUAUUAUAAAAGAACUUAAACAUUAAAGGUCCUUUGUCCAGUUUUUCAACAUAUAAUAAAAUAUAACUAUGUGC